AUGGAGAGGCCGUGCCAUGAAGCAGCAACCACUCUUGCCUGCGUGAAGCAUGGGACGGAGGGUGACGGUGGCUAUUUCUGGAAGCUCGUCGUUCGUGCUUGUGUCCGGCAGAGGCGGCGGGCUGUAGCUGACCAUCAUGAAACUUGGGGAGCAAAAUGCCUAAUUAUAACAACAAAUAAAUAUUUAACAAGUGGUGUGAAGGUUGACAAGGGAGGAGUAGAGACCAUCUUUGAUACCGAUAAGGGCAUUGUGAUUCCCUUUCUCUACAAUGCUUCCAUUUUUAAAUACAGCAAUCACAUCCGCUCCCCUUAUUGUUGA